AUGCCUUUCAUAAUCUUCUUGUUUCUUUUUAUUUUGCAAGCAAUUGCAAUCCCACUUCAACUUAAAAGUCCUUUAGAUGAUGACUUUUACACACUUCCUCAAGGUUACGAAGCAGCAGCUCCUGGUGAUAUUUUGAAAUUUCGACCAGCACCUGCCCAACUAGCAAGUUUAUUCAUUUCCAUUAAAGUUAAAAAUGUUUGGCAAUUGGUGGUGAGAUCGGAAGAUUCAUUUGGUCAACCAACAGCUUUUGUCACAACUAUAAUUGAACCAUUUAAUGCUGACCCAUCGAAAGUUGUUUCAUACCAAACAAUGGAAGAUUCGGCCAGCUUAAACUGUUCACCAUCAUAUGGUUUACAAUCGGGAGCACCAAUCUCCACAAUAGCAACCCAAUAUGAUAUGACAUUUAUGAUGAUUGCCCUUGAAAAUGGAUAUUUUGUUGCUAGUCCUGAUUACGAAGGGUUUAUUUCUGCAUUUACAGUAGGCAGAAGAUCAGGACAGGCCGUUCUUGAUUCUGUAAGAGCAGUAAUAAAAUCAGGAAACUUUACUGGAAUCAAAAAAGACGCCAAAGUGGGUCUUUGGGGAUAUUCUGGAGGCGCAUUAGCAUCUGGUUGGGCUGCUUUACUUCAACCAUCAUAUGCCCCUGAAUUGAAAUCUACUUUAGUUGGUGCUUCCCUUGGAGGGUUUGUUACCAAUAUUACUGCUGUUGCAGAAAUUGUUGAUGGAGAAUUAUUUGCCGGAUUAAUCCCAGUUGCAUUGACUGGGGUGAGUAAUGAAUAUCCAGUGGCCAAAACUCUUAUUGCAGAAAACAUUGCACCACAACAUUUGGCCAAGUUUAAUGAAGCUGGAAAUAAGUGUCUUAUUCCUUCAGUGUUGUACUUCUUUAAUGAUCACAUUCUUACAGGAAAAGACCCAAUGUUUCCUGCUGGUUUUUCAUUAUUACAAAAUGGACAAGUAAAAGAAAUCGUCGAGGAAAACUCCAUCGUUUAUUUAGAUUCAAGUUAUGUUCCUAAAAUUCCUAUAUUUGUCUACCAUGGUACUUUAGACAAGGUUGUUCCAAUCAAAGAUGUCUAUGUCACUUAUGAUAACUGGUGUCAAUGGGGUAUUAAUUCGUUUGAAUUUGCAGAAGAUACAUUGAAUGGACAUAUCAGUGAACAAUUAGUUGGAGGACCAGCUAGUUGGACUUGGUUAAAUGGAAUAUUUCAAGGGAAUAAUCCAGUCUCUGGAUGCUCGCAUACAAAAAGGGUAUCUAAUCUUCUUUACCCUGGAAUUUCACUGGCAACGAAACAAUACUUUGAAGGAAUCAAGGAUUCAUUAUUGAAAGUGAAAUUGGGACCAGACGCCAAGAAUAUGACUGUUAUUGAUAUCAUGAAUAAGUAUUAG